GGCAUAAGCUUGUUUUAACAUCAUCAUAAUUCGCUAUUUGAUGUUUAUAAUUGAGUACUUUUUUUGUUUGUUGAUUGCAUCAAGCUUUUUAUUUUCCUUGUUUUCGUUUUGAUUUUUUUUUGACAAUCAAACAUGGAUUAUAAUGAUCAAAGACGUCAAGAUAAAUCAUGGAAUGAUCCACCAAUGUUUUCACCGGAACAAAUCAAUCAGGCUGCAAAUACAGGUCAUUCAAAUAAACGAUAUCGUUAUCCUCAACAACAGGCUGCUGCAGCUGUUCCUGCUGCUACUGCUGCUGUAAAUCCACGAUCGUAUCCAAAUUAUCAAGCAGGAGCUAUGAAUUCAUAUGGAAAUUAUAAUAAUACGAAUUCUUCAAUGGCACCAGCAGCUUAUCCUUCUGUUGGUCAACCGCAACAACAACAAUAUCCUGCUACGUAUUCUCCUUAUCCGAAUGCUAAUCCUAAUCCUACAUACGAAUCAACAAUGUUGCCGCAACAACAGCAACAGAAUUAUUCUCCACAAGCGAUAAAUUCUAAUCCAUAUAAUAAUCCGAUAACCUCCUCCACGGUAGGUGGUUAUCCACCACAACCCCAAACAACAAGGGCUCAAUCAAUACCAGUCUUGCCAGCAAAUAAUAAUAAUAAUAGUUCUGGAUAUGCAGCAGGACCAGUAUCAUCGAUGCCGAAUCCUUAUGGUACUGUUACGGAAUCCAAUCUAGUGCAACAACCUCCGUCAACUAAUAAUACAGCGGCAAAUCCACCUAUUGGUUUCAAUUUGAAUUCAAUUCAACAACAAUCUCAACAAGUAAUGCCACAAUCAUUACCGCAACCACCUGCUCCUGGAUUCAAUUACAAUCAUAAUAAUCCACAACAACAACAAUAUCCAUAUAGGCAAUAUUAAGCAAAGAUUAUUGAUUUAAUGAUAUAGAUUUUUGUUAUUUAAAAUCAAAAUAAAAAAAAAAUUCAAUUUUCCCUUUCA